CCGCCCCCCUGGCUCCGCCCCGGGGCAGCGGACACGUGGUUUUUGUGUAUGAAGAUGGCGUCGGUGGCGGAGAAGGAGGGUGUAGAGGCGGGAGGUGGAGCAGCAGCUGUCGGAUCCGGGUCUAGCCCGACUGGGGGCGUGGACAACCGGAGCGGGGACUCCAUACAGCUGAGCUCAGCAGCUACACAGGACACGGAGUCUUCCAACGAAAAGGACGCUUUGGACUCGACAGCAGAAGGUGAAGUCAUGGACAACCAAGCAGGAUCAGUGGAUGAAGAAAAUGGCCGCCAGCUUGGCGAGAUCGAGUUACAAUGUGGCAUCUGUUUGAAGUGGUUUGGAGCAGAAACAUUCGGCAUAGAUACCACGUCAUGUCUUCCGUUUAUGACCAAUUACAGCUUCCAUUGCAACAUGUGCCAUCACAGCGGAAACACAUACUUUCUGAGAAAGCAAGCCAACUUGAAGGAAAUGUGUCUUACCACUUUGGCCAACUUAACGUGGCAUUCCCGAAACCAGGAUGAACAUCCUAAGACUAUGUUUUCCAAAGACAAGGAUAUAAUACCAUUUAUUGAUAAGUAUUGGGAGAGUCUGACUACUCGACAGCGGCCUGGAAAAAUGACCUGGCCUAACAGUAUAGUGAAGACUAUGACAAAAGAACGAGAUGUGUUUUUAGUGAAAGAGCAUCCAGAUCCAGGCAGCAAAGAUCCAGAGGAGGAUUAUCCAAAAUUUGGACUGCUCGACCAGGACUUGGGAAAUAUUGGCCCGGCUUAUGAUACUACGAGGCAGAGCAGCGCGGUGUCCAGUGGAGGUGGAUUAAAUGGGUCUGCAGCUGCCAGCUCAGCAAAAGGUAGAGGAGCGAAGCGUAAGCAGCAGGAUGGCAGUUCUUCCAGUGCAGCCAAAAAAACCAGAAGUGAUCCUCUGUUUGCUGCACAACGCCUGCCUCCCCAUGGCUACCCAUUGGAGCACCCGUUCAAUAAAGAUGGCUAUAGAUACAUCCUGGCAGAGCCGGACCCACACGCACCUGACCCAGAGAAGCUAGAGCUGGACUGCUGGGCUGGUAAACCUAUUCCAGGAGACUUGUACAGAGCCUGUCUAUAUGAGAGGGUGCUGCUCGCUUUACAUGACCGAGCUCCUCAAUUGAAGAUCUCCGAUGAUCGCCUCACUGUUUUGGGAGAGAAGGGAUACUCCAUGGUGAGGGCAUCCCACGGAGUGAGAAAAGGAUCCUGGUAUUUUGAGAUAUUUAUCGAUGAGUUGCCACCAGAUACAUCUGCCCGGCUGGGCUGGUCACAGGCUUUAGGUAAUCUUCAGGCUCCAUUAGGUUAUGACAAGUUCAGCUAUUCCUGGCGCAGCAAGAAAGGAACCAAAUUCCAUCAGUCAAUUGGAAAACACUAUUCUGAUUCCUAUGGACAGGGAGACACGCUGGGGUUCUAUAUCAGCCUCCCGGAUGACACAGAGACUGCACUGGCUCUUCCUGACACUUACAAAGACAAGGCCUUGAUUAAAUUCAAGAGUUAUCUGUACUUUGAAGAGAAGGACUUUGUAGAUAAAGCAGAAAAGAACUUGAAGCAAACCCCAGGCAGUGAGAUCAUAUUUUAUAAGAAUGGAGUCAGUCAGGGAGUGGCCUACAAAGAUGUAUUUGAAGGUGUAUAUUACCCGGCUAUAUCCCUCUACAAAGGCUGCACAGUUUCUGUAAAUUUUGGACCUCAUUUCAAGUAUCCACCAAAGGAUCUGUCUUUCCAUCCGAUGAGUGACAUGGCCUGGAAGGCGGUGACCGAGCACACACUAGCGGACGUUCUUUACCACGUAGAAACUGAAGUUGAUGGCCGAAAGAGUCCUCCAUGGGAGCCUUAACAUUAGUUUUUUUAUAUAUUUGUGGGUUGUUUUUUUGUUAGCCUUCAUUCCCUCCCUCUAUAAAGGUUAUUCAUUGUUUAAUGUUAAUGUACAUUAAGGGGGAGAUUUAUCAAAACCUGUGCAGAGGAAGAGUGGAGCAGUUGCCCAUAGCAACCAAUCAGAUCACUUCUUUCAUUUUCCACAGGCCUCUUUAAGAAUGAAAGAAGCAAUCUGAUUGAUGGUUGCUGUGGGCAAGUGCCCCAUUCUUCCAUUACACAGAUGCAUUUUUCCUUCGAAAUUACGCCCUGACUGACUGCAAGUCCGAUGAACUUUGUUCAGUGUUCCCCAACCAAUGUGCCUCCAGGUGUUGCUAAUCAACUCCCAGCAUACUCGGAGUUGUAGUUUUGCAACAGCUGGAGGCGCACUGGUUUAUAUCAGAAUUACAGUCAAACUGGGACUUUUAGCAGUAAUACAUAAGCAAAAACUGUGUCUGUAUUAUGUUCAAGUGAAACUGACCUAAGGACUUAAAGGGGUACUCUGCCCCUAGACACCUUUUCCCCUAUCCAAAGGAUAAGGGAUAAGAUGUCUGAUCUGGGGGGUCCCGUCGCUGGGGACCCCCAUGAUCUCUGCUGCGGCACCCCAGACAUCCGGUGCACAGAGCAAACAUCAUUCCAUGCUGGAUGACUGGUGAUGCGGGGUGGAAACUCGUGACUGCCUCAUGCCCCCCUCCCAUUGACUUGCAUUGAGGGGGCGUGGCCAUGACAUCACAAGCAGGGCUCUAAACGAACGCCGAUGCAGCACGGAGAUUGCAGGGGUCCCCAGCGGCGGGACCCCCAUGAUCAGACAUCUUAUCCCCCAUCAUCUGGAUAGGGGAUAUGAUGUCUAGGGGCAGAGUACCC